AUGCGCUCCCUUCCCACCGAACUUUGGGAGCAAAUAUUCUCCCACCUCGAGUGUCCUAUGCCAAUCGACAACUGGUGGUAUUACGGGAGCCAAUACGAUGUGUCCUCUCUCAAAGAUCUUGCCUCCCUAUCGCUUGCAUGCCGAACCUUCCAACACAUUGCCCAGAAGUUCAUGUACCGCACCAUUCUAGCAGAAGCCUUCAGUCAGGAGGACUCCAAAGUUCGGGACGAAAAUAAAAGGCUCCUAGCUCGAUCAAUGGUCCAAAACCCGCGGCUAGCCGCUCAUGCGAGGAACGUUUGCCUUGACUCAUUGAGAAAUGGAGAGGAUGUAGAGUGUGAGAGCCUCUUAAGAAGGGCAGACGUUGGGGAGCGGGAGAAGAGGUGGUUGAAGAUGGCGAUGAUGAAGGAAACGAAGAUCGGAUGGAACGGUCGACUACUUGCGCUCAUGCGAAACCUACAGGUCGUGGAUGUCGCGGUGUACAGGGAUGCAUUCGACAUCGCAGGCAUGCUGAGCGGGAGGUCAGAUGUCGAAAAGAUUGUGCAAACAAUAGCGGAUCUCAGAGAAACAAUGCGUUUCACGUAUUCGCGGAGAUUGGAAGAGGAGCAGCUUCUGAGGGCUAUUCCAACGCCCUUCACCGAUGAGACGCUAUCUGACAACGCCCUCCCGCACCUCAAAGAGCUCCGCAUCAGACAUAGAGACAGCGAAUCAGGCAGCAUCAGCAUCGCCGACAUCGAAGCCGUCCUCCUGCACCCCGGCCUCGAGCGCCUCUACCUCCUAGGAUUCGACUGGACGUCCUUCAGCCUUCGGAAAACCCGCUGGCCUCUCCACCCCAACCCCGCCAUCCGAAUCCUAGAUCUCAGAGAAUGUUUCAUCGACGCGACCGGCCUCCGCGACGUCCUCACGCGCUUCAGAAACCUGCACACGCUGCACAUCCUCUUCGGCGACAGCCGCAGAGACGACCCAAGCUUCGACACCGACAGAGAACAGUUCGACUUGGAGGUCGACCUCAGUGCCAUGGGCGCCGUGCUGAGGGAGCACGGGCAGAGCUUAGUGUCGUUCGAGCUGCAUACAACCGGCUACAGCUCGUACAGCUCUACAGAUGGACAGGUCGAUUCGCUCAAAGAGAUGACCUCGCUGCGCCACCUCAAGAUUGCGGAGUGUGAUUUCACGGGCCACCGCAACCGGUGGGAGAAUGACGGCGUGCUGGCGCUGGAGGACGCCCUACCGGCGGGGCUCGAGACGCUGUACCUGCACUACGACGACCGCUGGUUCGGGCCUUGCUCGCCGGACAGAGGACUGUUCGUUAUGUUGGGGCGAACGCUGAGGAGCGGGAGAUUUUCGGAGUUAAAGGAGAUCAAGGUGGAGAGAUAUCUGAACGAUUCGACGAAGGAGUUGGAGCCCGAGAUUGAAGGGUGGGAGGUACGCAUGACGGAGGCGCAUUUCAGGAUGGGGGUGAGCAGCAGCGGGUGCAUGCGCCUGUUGAUUGAGCUCACGCCUGUUGAUGACUGA